AUGACGUCUCCCACAAUUGCUAUCAUAGGGGCCGGUCCAGCAGGCUGCAUGCUCGCCAGGUUAUUGACACUGUCCAAUGUCCCGGUGACCAUCUACGAAAGCGACAUCUCACCUGACUACCGAGCCCAGGGAGGCACACUAGAUUUGCACGUCAAGACCGGGCUGGCCGCCAUCAGGGAAGCCCGGCUCUUCGACGAGUUCACCAAGCAUGCUCGCUACGAUGGCGACUACUACAACUUGACCGACAAGAACUUCAAGACCCUGCUUACCUUUGGGCCUAGCAAGGGCAGCAACAUGGAACGCCCCGAGAUUGACAGGUCAGACCUGCGAAAACUUCUUACAGAGUCUCUGCCAGAGGGGACCAUCAAAUGGGGCCGCCGCCUCUUGCGUAUUGAGGGUUCUCCAGACGAGGAAAACAGUAAAACAUUGGUCUUCGCCGACGGCAGCACAGCUACGGGCUUCUCACUGAUCGUAGGAGCUGAGGGCGCAUGGAGCAAAGUCCGGAACUACUUGACAGACAUCAGACCACAGCAUACGGGUGUUGGAUACACGCUCCUCGAGAUCCCGGACGCAGCCACCACCGCGCCGGAGCUCCACAAGCUGGUCCGCGGCGGCAACCUGUUCAGCAGCAACCGGCACCAAAGGCUCUCGGUCCAGCAGCUGGGCAGCGGGUCGCUCCACGUCGGCUGGUCGGCGCAGCGCCCGGAGAACUGGAUGGACCCGUCGCACGGCGACAGCGUCGGGUACGACCCGCGGGACCUCGAGGCGUCGCGGGCCGGCAUCCUGCGCGAGAUGGACGGCUGGGACCCGCGGCUCCGCGCCGCCGUCGAGCGCGCCUGGGGCAAGUGCGAUCCCAAGAACCUGUACAUGCUCCCCGUGGGCUGGCGCUGGGCGCACCGGCCCGGCGUGACCGUCAUCGGCGACGCGGCGCACCUGAUGACGCCGUUCGCCGGCGAGGGGGUCAACCUCGCCUUCGACGAUGCGAGGAAGCUGGCGCGGGCCGUCGUCGGGGCAGCAUCGCGCGGUGGCGCGCAACCCAGCGGCCGGGAGCAGCUGCUGGAUAAGGCCGUCGCGGACUUCGAGGAGGACAUGUGGGUUCGCAUGGAGAAGUACCAGCGGCUCACGGACAAUGUCACACAGCUGUGGAUGUUCAGCGACGAUAUCCACAGCAUCAUACCUGACUUUAUAAUGGAGCACCUCAAGCCAGAAACGCCGGUGCUGCUUCACCCGCUGGCUUGGCUGGCUGUACAUGGCUGGUGGAAAGCGAGGAGCCUGAUCUGGGGUUGA